AUGACUCCAAUCAUACCAAAACAUACAUCAGCCGGUCAGAACAUGAUCGAGAGCUUCGGUGGUAUACUGACAACCGAAUUCUUGACACCCGCCCCUGGCCGAGGUUCCUGCUUUCGACAAACCUAUCGAGCUACCGUCGAUAAACCGAUGGACGAGCAGGUAGAAAGGGCUUUGGAGCAAGGCGGCAAGCUGUCAGGUCCACCACCUCAUCUGCAUCGAUACCAAACGGAGUAUUUCAAAGUUGGACAAGAGAUGAUGGGCGUUAAUUUGGAUGGGAAUAUUAUCGCAAAGACAGCUCAAAAUCCCGAGUUCAGUGUGCCAGCUAACGAAUUCCAUGGCUUCUUUCCUCACCAUGAUAGCAAGGGUCCAAUGACGGUUGUGCUUAGUGCUUCGGACUCCGGGAGGGACUAUAAGCUUGAUCGAGUGUUCUUUGAAAAUUUGUAUGGGUAUUACCAUGACGCUUCGGUGUAUUAUGGUGGUAUGAGCUAUAUUCGGUGGCUACAGGUAGGUUUGGCUGUUUGUGAAAUUGGAGAAGAAUUGACGGUGUUGUAG